AUGAAGGAGAAACUCUGAGGAGAGGAACGGGGAGGCGGGAAAGAAGGGGUUCACCGGGAUACUCAGAAGGGAGGAGUCGGAGGAGGGGAAUAAGGGUGGUUCAGCUUCAAGGGCUGGGGAGGGGCCUUGGAAGGAGGAAGUGACGAUUGUCAGGAGUCGCACCUCUUCCUCCAGUUCCAAAGAUUUUCCUACCAUGGAUCCUUAGCCAGUCUUUUAACUUCCUGCACCCUGUUCCUCAAGCCUCGGGAGCCUGGAGUGCCAGGGAUGGCCUUGGAGAGGGACAGACUGCUAGGCCAGAUUGGAGAGACUCAUUCUGAGGAGACUGAUUCUGAAACAUUCAGAUGGAGGAGGGAGCUGGUGAAAGCAGCUGAGAUGCUGCUGGCCUGGUGUCAUUAGAAAUCCUUACUUAGACAGAUCUUAUGGAGGUGGUGACCUUCAAGGAUGUGGCUGUGGACUUCACCCAGGAGGAGUGGUGCCUCUUGUCCCCUCCCCAGAAGGAGCUGUACAAGGAAGUGAUGGUGGAGAAUGCCCAGAACCUGCUCUCUGUGGGGAUUCCUGCUCCCCCAGAGGAUGUGAUUUCUUAUUUGGAACACAGGGAAGCCCCAUGGAUACUGGAUGAGGAAGACCCGAGUUGCUGCUGCCCAGAAGGAGAGAACAGACCCAAAAUCAAGGUGAAUCCAACAGACAUGAGCCUUCCUGUGGAAGACAUGGACCUACAAAGAUUCCUGAGUGAUGAUCCUGAUAAUGUUGCUUUCAGAGAAUUCUGUGUUGCACCUCAACAUUCAUCUCAUAUUGAACAUAAAAGAAUUCACAGUGAAGAAACAUCUAGUGAAAGUAAUCAGCUCAGAAGGACUUUUAUGCACAGGGCCACUCUUGCUAGACAGGAGAGAAUCCACUCUGUUGAGAGAGGUUAUGAAUGCAAGAAAUGUGGAAUGACAUUCAGUCAGAGCUUCAGUCUUGCUGUACAUCAGAGAGUCCACACUGGAGAGAAACCUUAUGAAUGCAAGCAAUGUGGAAAGGCUUUCAGAAAGAGGUUCAAACUUGGUGUACAUCAGAGAGUCCACACUGGGGAGAAACCUUAUGAAUGCAAGCAAUGUCGAAAGACCUUCACAUGUAACUCUAAACUUGUCGUACAUCAGAAAAUCCACACUGGAGAGAAACCUCAUGAAUGCAAGAAAUGUGGAAAGACUUUCAGACAGAACUUUGAACUUGCUGCACAUCAGAGAAUCCACAUGGGGGAUAAUACUUAUGAAUGCAAGCAAUGUAGAAAGAUAUUCCCUUAUAAAUCCUCUCUUGCUAUACAUGAGAGACUCCAUACUGGUGAGAAACCAUAUGAAUGCAAGCAAUGUGGAAAGGCAUUCAGUCGAAAAUCCCAUCUUGCUACACAUUUGAGAGUCCAUACUGGGGAGAAACCUUAUGAAUGCAAGCAAUGUGGAAAGACUUUCAGUUCAAGUUUCGUACUUGCUGUACAUCAGAGAAUUCACACUGGGGAGAAACCUUAUGAAUGCAGGCAAUGUGGAAAGACUUUCAGACAGAGGUUUGAACUGGCUGUACAUCAGAGAGUCCACACUGGGGAGAAACCUUAUGAAUGCAAGCAAUGUCAAAAAACAUUCACAUGUAACUCCAAACUUGUUGUACAUCAGAGAGUCCACACUGGAGAGAAACCUCAUGAAUGCAAGAAAUGUGGAAAGACUUUCAGACAGAACUUUGAACUUGCUGCACAUCAGAGAAUUCACGUGGGGGAUAAAACAUAUGAAUGCAAGCAAUGUAGAAAGAUAUUCCCAUAUAAAUCCUCUCUUGCUAUACAUGAGAGAAUCCACACUGGGGAGAAACCUUAUGAAUGCAAGCAAUGUGGAAAAGCAUUCAGUCGAAAAUCCCAUCUUGCUACACAUUUGAGAGUCCACACUGGGGAGAAACCUUAUGAAUGUAAGCAAUGUGGAAAGACAUUCCCAUAUAACUCCUCUCUUGCUUUACAUCAGAGAAUCCACAUUGGGGAGAAACCUCAUGAAUGCAAACAAUGUGGAAAGGCAUUCAGUCAGAAAUCCCAUCUUGCUAUACAUGAGAGAGUCCACACUGGGGAGAAACCUUAUGAAUGCCAACAAUGUGGAAAGACAUUCAGAUAUAACUCCAAAUUUACUGUACAUCAAAGAAUUCACACUGGGGAGAAACCUUAUGAAUGCAAGCAAUGUGGAAAGGCUUUCAGACAGAGAUUUGAACUUGCUGUACAUCACAGAAUCCACACUGGGGAGAAACCUUAUGAAUGCAAGCAAUGUGGAAAGUCAUUCCGUCAAAGAUCCAAUCUUACCAUACAUCAGAGAGUCCAUACUGGAGAGAAACCUUAUGAAUGCAAGCAAUGUGGAAAGGCUUUUAGUCAGAACUCUUCUCUUGCUUUACAUCAGAGAAUCCACACUGGGGAGAAACAUUAUGAAUGCAAGCAAUGUGGGAAAAUAUUCACAUAUAACUCUGAACUUGCUUUACAUCAGAGAGUUCACACUGGAGAGAAACCUUAUGAAUGCAAGCACUGUGGAAAGUCAUUCAGUAAAAGACCACAUCUUGCUGUACAUCAGAGAGUCCACACUGGAGAGAAACCUUAUGAAUGCAAGCAGUGUGGAAAGACAUUUAGUCAGAUCCCUCAUCUUGCUCGUCAUCAAAGAAUUCACACUGGAAAAAAUCCUUAAGAGUAAAACUGUUAUAAGGAAUUGAGCAUGAGGGGUUGCUGCAAAAGAUGAGACAGGAACGUUCCAGAAUUCUGGAGAAGUGUCAGGACCAUUUUUCUUAUAAAAGACAAUUAAGCAGGAGGUUUUGUUUGUCUAAUCUCCUAGGGUGGACUUGGUGAACUAGCUCUGGUGGCUUUCAUUGUUAUCCUUUUUGCCAACUACCUGUUCCUGUGUAUCUUGUUGAAGCUGGCUGAGAGAUAUUCCUACAGAGCUCCUUGAGACACCUAAAGCCAUUUGUCAGUGAGACCUUCCCUUGAGCCCUGUUCCUGCUUAUCUUUCAACCUUACUACCUCUGUCACCAUAUAAGGGAAAAUUCGGGUUACUAAAGUGUACUUAAUAUUAGAACUGGGACUCUUAGAUAGAGAGAUAACUGACAGUACAGAUACCAUCUCUGAAGCUACAAACUUGUUUUUCUGCAAGGUUUAUCUAUAUUCUUUAGAGAGAUCAUCAGAAUUCCCUUCCAUUCCUUCCCUAAUAUUCAGUAAACCCUUUUCAAUAGUAUUUGGUAUCCUGUAAGCUUUUUCCUGUUCACCUUCCCAAACCCUAUGUCCUUCUGAUACUGGUCCUAAAUAGUCAUAUCUUUCUAGAAACAAUCAUUUUAGCCAUACACAGUUCUUACAAACUACAUGAAAAGAUGUUCACACGCAGCUCCAGUCUUGAUAUUAUGUGAAGGAAAUUUAACCUGCCACCUUCUGUGGCAGCAUACCAGGCAUGUGCCUGAACUUGAUUCAGAGGUGAGGACUGCAUGAUGGAAUACAUUGAGUGAGGAUUGAAUGGCAGGCGGAAAAAGGCAGCAAUAGAGUCAAAAUCAUGAGACAAGGGCAAGGUGAUGUGGUCUGCUCUGCUCCCCUGAACAGCCCAGGCAAAACAGAAAGCCAAUGUUGGCUCCUGUGAUGUGAUUUGUGAGUUAGUGGGCAGAGAAAAGUGUUGAUAAACAGAGGCAAAAGUAGAUAACCAAGCUGAUCUCUUUCAGUUUUGUUGCUGACUGGACUUCCCUUUGAGCAUGGCUAGAACACCCUAAUGGUGGUCACAGAAUAUCAAGCUAAUUGGAGCAAUGAGGAAAGUAUAUCCCUAAUUUUUCCAUCUUUUCCCCUUACUAGCUUAAAAUAAAUAAAAUUAAUUUUGGGCCAGUCUCAUCUUUCUCUUAUAUUACUCAUCACAGAAAUCACAGACAUUCACACUGACCUCUCAGCUUGCUCAAAAUCAGACAAUUUACUAUUUCAUGAACUUUCCUAAGAUUAUGUCCAAAUGGGUAUAUGAUUUAAACCUCAAGUGUGAUCCCAUAAGCAAAUUAAGGGAACAUAGAAUUGUUUACCUUUGAGAUCAAUUUAUUGGUAAAGGAAGAAUUCAUGACCAAAUAAGAAAUAGAUAACAUUAUUAGGUCUAAAACAGGUAAAUUUUAUUAUAUUCAAUUCAAAAUAGACUGCUUUCCUUUUAGAUGGUCACCGUGGUGAGUGUAAAGGCUGAUUUCUUUCCUUGCCCUUUCUGGAGGUGUGAACCUCUGAGAAAGGCCCAUUGUCUUGAGACUCCUUACCCCUGACUGGUGCCUUAAAAUUUCUAACUGGUUCAGAGGAAACCGGAGCUUUCUCUCUUUUCUCUCCCCCCUUUUCUCUCUUCCUUAAAUAUUCCCUCUAUUGUAAAAUAAACUACCAUAAUUCCAUUUACUUGAGUAAUUCAUUUUGGAAUUUAGUAAUUAAAUCCCUGGUGACCAUCAAUUAAAUAUUCAACCAACCUUAGAUUUAACAGUUGGAAGGCCAGACUCCCAAUAAAGCUGAACCCUGGUCAAAUUGAGAGCAGAGAUCCUGGGCCUUAAGAGUUAGACUAUUUUAUGCCAAGAAAUCUGAUGGCUCAGUGACAGAAAAUAGAGUCAUAAUGAAAAGAGAAUAGAUACAAAAUUGUUCAUAUGAGCACCUUGAUGACACAAGUGCAAUUAAUCUGGUAAGUGUAAAAAUCACUAUGGGUGGUAACUUUGUAGUACGUGGUGUCUUGGUGUUUUCACUGAUGAUGAUGGUGGAAUAGUAGAAGUCAGCGGUUUUGGUUAAAUUAUAUGUAAAAACAAGAGUGAACCUCCACUUCCUGCAUGAUUUGUCUUAUUCUACAAACAAGACCAUCUUCCCCCUUUUUGUCUGAUCAUCUUGUUAUACACCCAAGAGAGGUGUAGUAGGAUUUAUGGAAUCUCUUGGGUUAUAGGCUCAAGUUCAGGAUGGAAACAAGAUUUGAUAUUACCCUAAACUGUAAUUAUCUUAGCUAAUGUUUAUAAUUUUUAUAAAGCAAACUAUAUUAUUUGACUGAACUCAAAACUAAUUGUAUUAUAAAAAAUUAUAAAGGCUAA